AUGAGUGAUUCAACCUUUAUAAGUACUGAACAGCCGGAUUCUUAUAUUACGGGACAUGUUAAUAAUUUAACUAAAGAUCAAAACGCAAUAUUGAGAUUAUGUUGGUAUUGUUUAUUUCUUUUACAAGAUCUUGAUGAUUUAGAUAAAACUUCAUCAACCAACAAUCUUAACAACCAGUCAUGUGUUGAAGUUAUUGACUCAACUUUUAGGAAUAAUAACUUUAAAAAAAAAAUAAAAGAAUACAACACUAAACAUCCAAAUCCUGACAAAA